UCUCUUUUCAUGUCCAGCUUCAGCAAAUUAAGUUAUCCAGCAGGGUCUCAUGUGAUAAUGAUUACUUUUUAAUUAUGCACCUAUGGCUACUCUCUGAAUCUGCAGGGAAACCCCGGCACUGGACAGAAAGAUUCUUAAGAGGAUCUGGUCGCUGACACGUGAACAUGGACGAACAAAAGGAUGAUCAGAUUGACCAAGACGACAGCACUAACAACUCUGAAAAGAAGCAGUCACUUACAGCCUGCCUGUUGUGUGCCGCCUUCUUUGGCUCCCUGGGCUCAUCUUUCCUUUAUGGCUACAACCUCUCUGUGGUCAACGCUCCUGCUCUGUACAUUAAAGCUUUCUACAAUAAGACAUGGAUUGAGAGAUAUGGGGAGCCUAUUUCAGCGGAGACGGUGACCCUCCUCUGGUCCGUCACAGUGUCCAUAUUUUCUAUUGGAGGCCUUUUCGGAGCCCUGUCUGCCACGUUAAUCAUCAAAGUACUGGGCAGAAAGGGGACCUUGCUGCUGAAUAACAGCUUUGCUGUAAUAGCUGCUGUGCUUCUGUCUCUGGGUGAAAUGUCAAGAUCUUUUGAGAUGCUCAUCCUUGGACGACUCAUUAUGGGGGUGGAUUCUGGUAUUGCUCUCAGUGCUCUCCCCAUGUACCUGGGAGAAAUUUCCCCAAAACACUUCAGAGGUAUGAUUGGCCAGUUCAACUCCAUUCUAAUCUGCUUAGGAGUUUUCACUGGGCAAGUGCUGGGGAUGCCUGAGCUGCUGGGUCAGGAGUCCACCUGGAUUUACCUGUUUUCCUUCAUUGCGUUGCCCGCAAUGCUACAGCUGUGUGUGCUGCCCUUCCUCCCCGAGAGUCCUCGCUACCUGCUGAUGGAGAGGAGGGAUGAGGCUGGAGCGGAAAAAGCCUUUCAGAGGUUUUUGGGAAAGAAGGAUGUGUCCCAGGAGCUGGAAGAGGUCCACAUGGAGGCUCGAGCUCAGGACAAACUACACACCGUCUCUGUGUUACAGCUGCUGAAGAGCCCAGCUGUUCGCUGGCAGCUCAUAACUGUCAUCAUCACCAUGGCCUGCUAUCAGCUCUGUGGCCUCAAUGCAAUCUGGUAUUAUACCAAUGGGAUUCUUCGUGAAGCAGGCUUUACUGAGAGCAUACUUCCCUACAUCACACUGAGCACAGGUGCCAUAGAGACUCUGGCUGCCAUCAUCUCAGGCUUGGUGAUAGAACGAAUUGGCAGAAAGCCCCUUCUCAUAUUUGGUUUCUUUUCCAUGGCUGUGUUCUUCAGCCUACUCACAGUUUUUCUUAAUUUCCAGGAUAGAGUGUCAUGGAUGCCCUACCUCAGUUACGUCUGCAUACUCGCUGUGAUUGCCUCCUUUUGCUCUGGACCAGGUGGCAUCCCCUUUAUCCUGACCGGGGAACUGUUUGAACAGUCUUAUCGACCUGCUGCCUUCAUGAUCGCUGGCACAGUAAACUGGCUAUCUAACUUUGCCGUGGGCCUCCUUUUUCCAUUUAUUCAAGAGACGCUGCAGUCCUUUUCCUUCCUUGUGUUUGUGGCAGUCUGCAUUCUGGGAUCCAUAUACCUCUAUGUCGUCCUCCCGGAAACCAAAAAUAAAACCUUUAUGGACAUCAGCCAGAGCUUUGCCAAGAUUAAUAAAAUGCCCAUCCCCUCGCCUGGUCAGGAAAUGGAGCUGGUUCUGUCUAUUAACUCUGACACGAAUGGAAAAGCCCAAGGUGCCACUAAGAUGCAAACAUCCUUGUAAAUGAAGGAAUGAAGCACAGUCAUAAUCGAGAAGCAAAUGUGUGAAAAUAUUUCUUGUUUUUACAUAUUUACUGAGCAUAAAAAAUUAAGUAAAGUCAAUGCUUUUUUUCAAUGUUUUUUUUAUAUGACUGCAUUUUUUUUUUAGAUAUAUUAAAGCAAUGAA